UUGAUAAUUACUGAGUGAUAAACUUUGUUUCCGCAGAUAAUGCGUUUACAAGAAAGAAUAUUAAUUAUUUCUCAUUUAUUAAUGUGAUGUGUUAUUAAUUAUGAAAUGAGCUCCCACUGUGGAGUCAUUGGCUACCUGUACUCGGAAUAAGCACCGAUAUCGAAAUGUUACGAAACUCUAUCAAAUCACAUUUGAUGCCAAAAUGUCACGAGGUGCAGAGUGUGUGUGCGUAUUCAAGCAAGUUAGAUGCAAUAAGAGAGAAGUUACGAGAAGGUCCUGGUUUAUCAGAUUUUAUUCCUGAAGACAGGCCCAAAAACUGGGAGGAGUAUGAAGGCAAACUGAAAAGGGAAAGAGGAGACUCAGAGAGGUUAAGGUUACCUCCAUGGCUCAAGACCUCAAUACCUACAGGUUCAAAAUUCAGCGCUUUAAAAGAUCAACUUCGGAGUAUGAAACUAAGCACAGUUUGUGAGGAGGCCAGAUGCCCAAAUAUAGGCGAGUGUUGGAGCGGAGGAAAGAAUGGCACAUCUACAGCUACCAUUAUGUUGAUGGGUGACACAUGCACAAGAGGGUGCAUGUUCUGUUCAGUGAAAACCUCUAGAGCACCUCCUCCCUUGGACCCAGAUGAACCAGUCAAUACCGCGAAGGCUAUUCACGAGUGGGGAGUGGGUUACAUUGUGCUCACUUCUGUUGAUAGAGAUGAUCUGCCCGAUGGAGGGUCAGCACAUUUUGCUGAGACUGUGCGGCAAAUCAAAAUACAGAGUAAGGAGAUCCUGGUGGAGUGCUUGGUGCCUGACUUCCGAGGAAAUCGUGACAGCGUGGCGACCAUCGCUGCAUCCGGCCUCGACGUGUUCGCGCACAACAUAGAGACUGUGGAGCGACUCACGCCCUUCGUGCGCGACAAGCGAGCUGGGUAUCGGCAGACCCUCAAAGUGCUGGCGACGGCGAAGGAGAUCAACCCAGACCUGAUCACCAAGUCCUCCAUCAUGCUGGGCUUGGGGGAAACCGACCAGCAAGUUGAACAGACUAUGAAAGAUCUUAAAUCCGCUGGUGUGGACUGCGUGACCCUGGGGCAAUACAUGCAGCCGACACGGCGACAUCUCAAGGUGCACGAGUACGUGACCCCCGCCAAGUUCAAGCAGUGGGAGGAGGUGGGCCUUCGCCUCGGGUUCCUCUACACCGCCAGCGGGCCGCUCGUGCGCUCCUCGUACCGCGCUGGCGAGUUCUUCAUAGCCAGCCUGCUGAGGGACAGGAAGGCGGACAGCUUGUGAUACGAGUGACGUCACACAGUAGUCUAAGAACCGGCGUAAGAAAUGUAUCUCAUCUGUUAUUCAUUAGUGCUAUGAAAUAAAUGAUAGAUAAUGUUCACAGUGACACAAAUCUAAGAAACCAAUGAACUUGAUCAAAGGCAACCUAAUACAGUCAAAUUAAGCCUAAAAUAAGCUUUCAUUUGGAAUACUAGACAAAUAAAUAGGGUGAUGAGGGUAUAUCAAAAACAUGACUUAACUUUUUAUAUCUGGUAAACCCACAGUUGCAGUGUGAAAGAAGGCAACCAUUACUAUUUCAAUUAUUUUGGGUAUAUUCUUUUAACUAGUGUAAGAUUGUUUUUAACUAACCAAUGAGGGAAGGAGAUUAAAUAAAUUAAAAAAAAAAACAAUUAAUACUGUUGCUGGCCGCAAUUUUACUAGACAACCUAUGUGAAUAUAUGUCAGUGUGAAUAUUUUCUUUAAUUUUUUUCUUAUCCCAAUUACGAGUAAAUACUCGUAACAGAUGAGGGUAUACAUUUCUUAUGUCGGAUCUAGUACUUAGUAAACGUGAUAUCAACUCACUUUGGGAUAUUUGUCAAUAGAUAUAGGGCUGUACAGCGCACCGGGACCGUUAUCGGUAAACGAUGAGUUAGUUAUUUGUGUCUUCUCUCUAGUACUAUAUUAGGCAAAAUAUUGAUUUCACCGUCUUUUGAAAAUUUUCUCAUUUGAACUUUUUGACCUAAAACAGCAUAAAAACGUCGUUAUAAGCUACAUUUGGAAUGAUUUGCACUAAAAAUUUGCACAAUGUGAACUACUUUGUUUUUUUAAAAAUGGUGUGUAUGUUUUACGGAUUUGUCUUAUAAUAUCAAAUGUUUAUUAUUGUAUCUUGUUUUUGUUGUUGUUCUUAAAAAUCUCUCGUUUGCCCUUCACUAAACGGCUUCCUAAGGCCUGUAAGUCCGAGCGAGAUUGUCAUAAGGAAACGAUAUAUGGUCUAACGCACAAGUUGUUAACUAGCUAAAUACUCACUAGUCUACACUAGUCGCAUAAUUUCAUGUAACAUCCAAUUUUUCGCCUUGGAAAUAAUUAUUAUUAUAUUAUUGGGAGCUUUCUCGGUUUUUCAUGAAUUCACAGAUUGCUGAAGCUGAGGAGUUACCUAAAAUAUAAGUUGUAUUCAAAAAAAUAUUUUACAGUAAAUAUGGGUGAUUUCAGACUAGCGUAAUUUUUGCGCGUAUGCGGUCGUUUCAGCAUACGCACUUACACGCGCGCUACAUUACGCUAAAAAAUGCUAGUCUGAAAUCGCUCUAACACAAAGAUUUUUGCAAAGCUUUCACUUAGUGUUUUAGUGUCAAUACUCAUUUUACUUCACACUGUACACUAUUUGCGAUAUAGAUGUAGGUAUUUUAUAUAGUAAAAUCUCAUUUUAUUUAAUAUACUUAGGUAUCUAAUGUGUUUUUUCCGUUGAUAAUUUUAUUAAUGUUAGUUACUGUAUGUAAGGAAUUAUAAAUAUAAAUAGAGCAAUAUUUUUUUGUUAAA